GGCAGCACUGUAUGGGUGGGAGGGGGGAACACUCACUUCAUCUGGAGUUCAGAUCCUGCCUCUGAUUUUCUCUGCCCAAGGAGCGUAGACAGACUCUUCCCCUCUAGUUUCUAAGGCAUUUUUUUUUAAAUUUUAAACAAGGAUAGAUAGGACUAAAUAAUGUUGGAUAUUCCCCUCUAGCUCUAUUAUGAAGACACUGAGAACUCAUUACUGGUGCUGGAAGUCAUGGAAUGAAUUAUUCAGUGGAAUAAGAGAAACUACACCAAGCUGAAUCUACAUCAAACCUCAGUAUCUUCGGUUGGCUCCCAGGCAGUAUCACCACCAUGGAACACAGCAACAAUGGAACAGAUCUCACUGUCGGCUUCAUCUCCUCAGCUGCAGCUGUUAUCUUAUUUGGGUCCAACUUUGUUCCAGUUAAAAAAUUUGAUACUGGAGAUGGAAUGUUUCUUCAGUGGAUUCUCUGUGCUGCCAUAUGGACAGUUUCCUUAGUGGUCAAUGUGUUACUCCAUUGUCCUAAGUUCUGGCCUCUUGCAAUGCUUGGGGGUUGUGUUUGGGCCACAGGUAACAUCGCUGUCGUCCCAAUUGUUAAAACAAUUGGUUUAGGCCUUGGACUUUUAAUAUGGGGAUCAUUCAAUUCAUUAACAGGCUGGGCAAGUUCAAGGUUUGGAUGGUUUGGAACAGAUCCUGAAGAUAUAUCAAGGCCCUUGCUAAAUUACUUUGGAGCUGGACUUUCAGUGAUAAGUGCUGUCAUAUUUUUGUUUGUAAAAAGUGAAGUACCAAGUUUAACAAGUUCCUUGGACACUACACCAUUAUUAAUUGAACGUGCAAUCAACUGUACUCAGACCAAUGGCCUGGAUUAUUUGUGGACCACAAAGCUUUCUCAAUUACAAAACAGAAUAAUAGGCUGUGUUCUUGCAGUUGCAUCUGGAAUACUCUAUGGAUGCAGUUUUGUGCCAAUAAUUUAUAUCAAGGACCAUGGCAAAAGGAAUGACAGUAUAUAUAAAGGGUCUAGUCAAUAUGAUUUGGACUAUGUCUUUUCAUACUUCAGUGGUAUAUUUGUUACAAGCACUAUCUACUUCCUGGCCUACUGCAUAAUCAUGAAAAAUAAUCCCAAAGUUUAUCCUCAACUAAUAUUACCAGGGUUUUUUUCUGGAGUGCUUUGGGCAAUAGCUAGUUGCUGCUGGUUCAUAGCUAAUCAUUCUCUAAGUGCUGUGAUCAGUUUUCCAAUAAUCACUGCAGGCCCAGGACUUAUAGCUGCAAUGUGGGGUAUCUUUGUAUUUAAAGAAAUAAAGGGUAUUAAAAAUUAUAUAUUAAUUACGCUUGCAUUUUGUAUCAUAUUAGCUGGAGCCUUCGCCACUGCCUUUUCUAAAGUUUAAAUGAGUCACCAGCAGAUGGCAGCAGUAAUUAAUCAAAGUCCCAUGAUGUGGCAGUGCUAGAAAGACUUGAUAUUUUUAAAGAAGAAACAGAAGUUAAUUUUCUUUACACAAGAAGAAAUAAACUGCUGCUCUCUGUGACUGUAAUUAUAAAACUUUUUUUUCUACUUGUUUCAAGAACAUGGGAAGGAAGAAAGUCACUUUGUGUGAAAUGUUUAUGAACAAAAGAAAAAGUCAUCUGACCCACCAAAU